GUUCAUUCCAGUCGCCAAACGUGCUUACCUGCAAAAGACGGACGACAACAGGCAGCCCUACAAUCCCCUGCAAAAGCCUGAUGGGCUGAGCCGUCACCUACUCAAAACCGAACGAACGGCACAUGCGGCGGCUGCGGCUGUGGCUGUAGCCGUGCGCACAUGCAUUCCGCUUCCGCCGCCGCCCUCCGCGCCGCGCCCAAGCCGAGACCCAAGCAGCACCCUAUCCGCUCCUUACCGGCAUCCGCGAGCGCGGGCGCGGCGGGUGGUGAGCUCCACCCCACGGCCUACUACGCCGCCCUCCUCGGAUCGCUCUCCCGGGAGUGCCGCCACGCCCACCACCCGUUCGACGCGACUCCUCACCGAACCCAUCAGGCGCGGGCAUGCGGGGUCCUUCACGCGCGGGUCCUGCGCCUCGGCCUGCCCCUCCGGGGCCGUCUCGGCGACGCGCUCGUCGACCUGUACGGCAGGUCCGGCCGCGUGGGCUACGCCUGGCGCGCGCUGGGCUGCUGCACCGGGGCUCCAGCGUCAGGCGCUGCGGCGAGCUCGGUGCUGUCCUGCCACGCGCGGUCGGGGUCCCCUCGGGACGUUCUCGAUGCGUUCCAGCGUCUCAGGUGUUCCAUUGGCGGCACGCCAGACCAGUUUGGCCUUGCGGUGGUUCUGUCCGCAUGUUCGCGGCUGGGUGCUCUCGAGCAGGGCAGGCAGGUGCAUUGUGAUGUGCUGAAGAGCGGGUUCUGCUCCAGUGCCUUCUGUCAGGCUGGGCUGGUGGACAUGUAUGCCAAGUGCGUUGAGGUCAAGGAUGCGAGGAGGGUGUUUGAUGGGAUUGCUUGCCCUGACACAAUAUGCUGGGCAAGCAUGAUUGCGGGCUACCAUCGGGUUGGACGCUACCAGCAAGCACUGGCUUUGUUUUCUAGGAUGGAGAAGAUGGGCUCUGCUCCAGACCAGGUAACAUACGUUACCAUCAUUUCCACUCUUGCAAGCAUGGGCAGACUGUCUGACGCAAGAACUCUGCUGAAGAGGAUACAAAUGCCAAGCACGGUUGCUUGGAACGCUGUCAUCUCAAGUUAUUCACAAAGUGGUCUUGAGAGUGAAGUGUUUGGCCUGUACAAGGAUAUGAAGAGACAGGGAUUGAUGCCAACUAGGUCCACUUUUGCGAGCAUGCUAAGUGCAGCAGCCAGCAUGACAGCAUUUGAUGAAGGUCAACAGAUACAUGCAGCGGCAGUAAAGCAUGGCUUAGAUGCAAAUGUUUUUGUGGGCAGUUCACUGAUCAACCUGUAUGUGAAACAUGGCUGCAUCUCUGAUGCAAAGAAGGUGUUUGACUUCUCCACUGAAAAGAACAUUGUCAUGUGGAAUGCAAUGCUUUAUGGGUUUGUUCAAAAUGAUCUCCAAGAAGAGACCAUUCAGAUGUUUCAGUAUAUGAGGAGGGCUGAUCUUGAGGCUGAUGAUUUUACAUUUGUGAGUGUCCUUGGCGCGUGCAUUAACUUGGAUUCACUUGAUAUAGGUAGGCAGGUACACUGUAUAACAAUCAAGAACAGCAUGGAUGCAGACUUGUUUGUUGCUAAUGCAAUGCUAGAUAUGUACUCAAAACUUGGAGCAAUUGAUGUCGCGAAAGCAUUAUUCAGUCUCAUUCCAGGCAAGGAUAGUGUAUCCUGGAAUGCUCUUAUAGUUGGGCUUGCACAUAAUGAAGAGGAGGAAGAAGCGGUCUAUAUGCUUAAAAGGAUGAAGUGCUAUGGUAUAGCUCCAGAUGAGGUGUCUUUUGCAACUGCAAUUAAUGCCUGUUCCAACAUCCGGGCUACUGAGACUGGAAAGCAAAUUCAUUGCGCAUCUAUCAAGUAUAAUGUCUGCUCAAAUCAUGCUGUUGGCAGCUCUCUGAUUGACCUGUAUUCAAAGUUUGGAGAUGUAGAAUCUUCUAGGAAGGUUUUAGCACAUGUAGAUGCAAGCAGCAUGGUUCCAAUAAAUGCUCUAAUUACAGGUCUUGUGCAGAACAAUAGAGAAGAUGAAGCCAUAGAGUUAUUUCAGCAAGUGCUAAAAGAUGGGUUCAAGCCGUCUAACUUUACAUUUGCAAGCAUUCUUUCUGGGUGUACUGGACCUGUCAGUUCAGUAAUUGGCAAACAAGUCCAUAGCUACACGCUGAAAUCUGCUCUUUUGAAUCAGGAUACUUCACUUGGCAUCUCUCUUGUUGGAAUAUAUUUGAAGUGCAAGUUGCUUGAGGAUGCAAACAAACUCUUAGCAGAGGUGCCAGAUCACAAAAACCUGGUUGAGUGGACAGCUACUAUUUCAGGGUAUGCUCAAAAUGGUUACAGUGAUCAAUCUUUGGUGAUGUUUUGGAGAAUGCGCAGUCACGAUGUUCGUUCAGAUGAGGCCACAUUCGCUAGUGUUCUGAAAGCUUGUUCUGAGAUAGCAGCACUUACAGAUGGAAAAGAGAUACAUGGGCUCAUUAUCAAAUCUGGUUUUGUUUCUUAUGAAACUGCAGCCAGUGCCCUCAUGGACAUGUACUCCAAGUGUGGCGAUGUUAUUUCUUCCUUUGAAAUCUUCAAGGAAUUGAAAAACAAGCAAAAUAUAAUGCCAUGGAACUCCAUGAUUGUUGGUUUUGCGAAAAAUGGUUAUGCAAACGAGGCACUUCUUCUCUUCCAGAAGAUGCAAGAAUCACAACUAAAGCCUGAUGAAGUCACACUCCUUGGUGUUCUCAUUGCUUGUAGCCAUGCUGGUUUAAUUUCCGAAGGCCGGAAUUUGUUUGACUCUAUGAGCCAAGUUUAUGGGAUAGUGCCCAGAGUAGAUCACUAUGCAUGUCUCAUUGAUCUACUUGGGCGUGGUGGUCAUCUUCAAGAAGCUCAAGAAGUUAUUGACCAGUUACCCUUCAGAGCUGAUGGUGUAAUCUGGGCUACAUUCCUUGCAGCAUGUCAAAUGCACAAGGAUGAAGAAAGAGGGAAAGUUGCAGCAAAGAAACUUGUUGAGAUGGAACCACAAAGGUCGUCCACGUAUGUGUUCCUUUCAAGCUUGCAUGCUGCGGCUGGUAAUUGGGUUGAAGCUAAGGUAGCCAGAGAAGCUAUGCGAGAAAAAGGGGUGAUGAAAUUUCCAGGGUGUAGUUGGAUCACAGUGGGUAACAAAACAAACUUAUUUGUUGUACAGGACACACAUCAUCCGGACACUCUGGGCAUCUACAAAAUGCUUGAUGAUCUAACUGGAAUGAUGAAUAAAGAUGACAGAAUUGAGGAAUAUGAUCUGCGUAGCUUGUCUGAAAUGCUUACUUGAGGGAUAGUGACCAUGUUUAAAUAAUAUAUCACGCUAAAGGAUUAAGGGCCUAGAUUGAUCUUCUAACUCGUCAUGGACCUUAAGUAGAUGUCUGGUUGUUUAGAUAAGGCUGAGUUGGCAUGUGAAAGGCAUCAGAACAAAUAAUGCAUACUGCCUUAGUGCCUUACUCUAUAGGAUAUGUAAAUGGUCAAAGACUGCUAGUUUCUGUAGCAGAAGAAAGAACAGCAGACUGCUAUUUCUUAUCUGGAAACUAUGGUUACCUGCGGUUCAAUGUUCGGCUCACCUGUUCCAUCACAUUCUGCAGGAAAGAAGAAACAAAUUAGGACUAAUGAAAAGCAAUGCAGCGCUCCUGCUCACUUUUCCGUACACGGUUAACAAAAACUAAGGUUCCAGAGAUUAUGAGUUGUACAUACGGAAGCUGAAUAUGCAGUUGUACACAUUAGUGCAACUAGUAGGGUUUAUUACCUAAGCACAUGAGGCGCCCUUCACCUCGACAAGAGAUGCAUGCCUUGGUUGAUGCAGUAGUGCCGGUGCUGACUGGUUUUUUAUUUUGCGUCAGUCUGGUUGGGUCUUCCCACCUGUUUUCACCAAGAAGAAACACUCUGUGUUCGGAGACCCCAGCUCCGGCGACACCAUUUUCUGUAAUCACAGUUUUCUGAACCUCCGCAAUCCCUGUUACAGAAGGAACAGCUGCUCCGUUUGUGCCAUCCUAGAAGAAAAUUGGAAUCUCAGUACUGUGCAUCCCGAUGUACAAUGCCUGUUAGUUUAUAAAAGGCUCUUCCUGUACCGCAUGCAGAAGGUAACUGGAGAGUUUAUUUGUUUAUUUGGUUCCGAAAGAAUUUGUUUCGUUCUGAUUUACGUGUAAUCAAGUGUCCUGAGUAUAUAGAAAAUCAAGUUGUUUUGCGAAGCACAAAAA